GCAAGCCCAAGCCAUAGACGCUGCACUGCCCGUGGACGCUGCGCUGAUGGCGCGCGAGCAAGAGGAGAAGACGUCCGCCGACGACCUGGAGCGAGCCGACCCGCCGUCGCGCCGUUGCGAUCAGAUUCAGCCUAGCAACGACACCAGCACCAACACCAACACCAACACGCACCUCGACGGCGAUCACGACCGCCGUUCUCACCACCAUGCCCGCUACAGGGUGUACAAGCGGCGGUGGAUCGGGCUCCUGCAGCUCGUGCUGCUGAACAUUAUUGUCAGCUGGGACUGGCUUACCUUUUCGGCCGUCUCGACGGACGCGGCGGCGUAUUUUCGCGUUUCCGAGGGCGCGAUCAACUGGCUCAGCACGGCGUUUCUGUUUGCGUUUGUCGCUGCUUGUCCCAUCGUGAUCCCGACGCUGCACCACGGCCCCAAACGCGGCAUCCUGGCCGCGAGCGCCCUCAUCCUCGGCGGCAACUGGGUGCGGUACGCGGGCGCGCGCGCCACGGGCGGCCACUUCGGCGCCGUCAUGGCCGGGCAGGUGCUGGUGGGGCUGGCGCAGCCGUUCGUCCUCGCGGCCCCGACCCGCUACUCCGACUUGUGGUUCUCGGAGCGGGGGCGCAUUUCGGCGACGGCGGUGGCGAGUCUGGCUAACCCGCUUGGUGGCGCGUUGGGCCAGUUGAUUGGCCCGAUUUGGGCGACGAGGCCGAGCGAGGUCCCCGAUAUGGUGCUCUACACGGCCAUCAUCUCCACAAUCGCGACGCUCCCCUCCCUCUUCAUCCCCUCCGCGCCCCCCACACCCCCCUCAGCAACCACAAGCACAACCACAAGCACAACCACAAGCACAACCACCCCCCCCCCCCCCCUCCUCCGCACCCUCCUCACCCUCGCGCACAACCCCUCGUUCUGGCUGAUCCUCCUCCCCUUCGGCAUCUACGUCGGCACCUUCAACGCGACCUCCACCCUACUGAACCAAAUCCUGUCCCCCUACGCCUUCACCUCCUCCGACGCAGGAAUAGCCGGGGCGCUGCUCAUCUUCGUCGGGCUCGGCGCCGCCGCCCUCAGUUCCCCCCUCCUCGACCGCUUCCACCCGAAGCCGUACCUGCUCGCGAUAAAAACGCUGUGCCCCCUCGUCGCGGCCAUGUACGUGGCCUUCGUGUUCGCGCCCAACACGCGCGACACGGCCGCGCCGUACGCGAUCCUUGCUAUCCUGGGCGCGGCCAGCUUCGCGCUCGUGCCCGUUGCGCUGGAGUUUUUGGUCGAGGUGGGGUGGCCGCUUGGGCCUGAGGUGGGGAGCACGGCGUGCUGGGCUGCGGGGCAGCUGUUUGGUGCUGUUUUUAUUAUCAUCAUGAACGCGUUGAAAGAACCGGGGGGUGGGAGUGAGGAUGAUGGCAAAGGCACCGGUCCCGGCUGGAGCCCCCCCGGCAGCAUGUGGAAGGCGCUGGUGUUCCAGGCAGUCGUGGCCGUGGCCGUGCUGCCUGCGCCGCUGUUGCUGGGGGUGCGGCGGCUGGGGUUGGGGUUGGGGCACGCCGGCGCGCUGGGAAGGAUGAGGGCUGAGGAGGGGGGUGUGGGAGAGGAGGGGGCGGAUGCGCGUGCUGAUGCUGCUCAUGCUGCUGCUGCGCGGGGAGAUAGGGCCGGCGAGAUGGCUGUGGAUGUGGGGGAGAUGCGGGCGUGGAUUGCUAGGAUGCAUGGUGAGUAGGUGGGGAGGGAUGGGGGUGGGUGGGUGGUGUUUUUCUGGUUUGGGUUGGGUUGGUUGGGUUUGGUUCGGUUUGGUUUAGGGUUGGUGAUUGUAGAUAUGGGUGCAUGUGUAUGUGUACAUGUACAUGUACAUAUACAUGCUUGGGCGGACGGCGGAGCUGCGUGCUGCUGGGCUAUGUGAUGUGUGUGUGUGUGCGCGUGCUUGAUGGUGUCAACGAACGGUUCCCGGUAGCAGGAUCUGCGCCUUCGUGUGGUAACAGUGGCGCUGCUGCCGCUGCCGCCGCCGCGCGCGCGCGCGCG